UGUUCGCGGGUCAUGUGAUCAGCGCGCGCUGUGUGUUGUGCUGCUGAAGAUGGCGUGCUGUGGAGGAUGUUUGUGUUGUCAGUGCUGUUGUAAUGAAGGAGAAACCAGAACACCAGAAGAGCUGACGAUACUGGGUGAAACUAGAGAAGAAGAUGAGGAGAUUUUACCCAGAAAAGACUAUGAGAGUUUGGAUUAUGACCGCUGUAUUAAUGAGCCAUAUUUGGAGGUGUUGGAGGGGUUGGAUAAUAAGAAAGCUGGCAGGUAUGAAGCCAUAAAGUGGAUUUUAGUCUUUGCAAUUGGAGUAUCGACAGGACUGACUGGCCUGGUUGUGGAUUUCUUUGUGCGUCUCUUCACUCAGAUUAAGUUCAGUUUGGUUGGAGGAUCUGUGGAGGAGUGCAGUGAGAACGGCUGUCUGGCUCUGUCUUUAAUCGAGCUGCUCGCUCUCAAUAUGGUGUUCAUAUUCAUCUCCAGCGUUCUGGUGCUCAUUGAGCCUGUGGCGGCCGGGUCUGGUAUCCCAGAAAUUAAAAGUUACCUGAACGGAGUGAAGAUUCCAGGUAUUGUGCGGUUGCGGACGUUCAUUUGUAAGGUGACGGGAGUGCUGUUUGCUGUUGCUGGAGGGUUGUUUGUAGGUAAAGAGGGACCAAUGAUCCACAGUGGAGCGAUACUGGGGGCGGGGCUUCCUCAGUUUCAGAGCAUUACCUUCAAGAAGAUCCGCUUUCACAUUCCUUACUUCCGCAGUGACCGGGACAAGAGGGAUUUUGUCUCGGCAGGGGCGGCGGCCGGGGUGGCGGCUGCUUUCGGGGCACCAAUAGGAGGCACACUUUUCAGUCUGGAGGAGGGAUCGUCUUUUUGGAACCAAGCUCUCACAUGGAAAGUGUUGUUUUGCUCCAUGUCUGCCACUUUUACACUCAACUUCUUUCGUUCUGGGAUUAACUUCAGUAAAUGGGGUUCAUUCCAGCUGCCCGGCCUGCUCAACUUUGGAGAGUUUAAGUGUCCAGACGGAGAUAAGACGUGUCAUUUGUGGACGGCAGUAGAUUUGGCAUUUUUUGUACUAAUGGGAGUGGCUGGAGGUCUGCUUGGUGCUCUCUUCAACUGCAUCAACCAACGCCUUGCAAAAUACCGCAUGAGAAAUGUUCAUCCCAAAGCAAGAUUCAUCAGGGUGUUGGAGAGUCUCUUGGUCUGUAUGGUCACCACUCUUGUCAUCUUCAUGUCCUCAAUGACUCUCGGGGAGUGUCGAGAUUUAGUCUCCACUACAACUAAUACAACAUCACAGGGGUCUGUAAAUGAAGAGGACAACUCAACCAUACGCCGCUUCUUCUGCUAUAACAACACAUAUAAUGACAUGGCCACUCUGUUCUUCAACCCUCAGGAGGUGGCCAUCCAUCAGCUCUUCCAUCAGAAUGCUACGUUCAGUCCGGUCACUCUCUCGCUCUUCUUUGUGUUGUAUUUUAUCUUGAGCUGUUGGACAUACGGCGUGUCCGUCCCCAGCGGUCUGUUUGUACCGUCUCUUCUCUGUGGAGCGUCACUCGGCCGCUUGGUGGCCAACAUCCUCAAAAUAAAUUUCCAUAUGCAAAUAUAUUCAGGCACAUUUGCUUUGAUUGGAGCAGCUGCUUUCCUAGGAGGCGUGGUCAGAAUGACAAUUAGCCUGACGGUCAUUCUGAUCGAAUCCACCAACGAGAUCACUUAUGGACUUCCCAUUAUGAUAACACUGAUGGUGGCCAAAUGGACCGGAGAUUUCUUCAAUAAGGGGAUUUAUGAUAUUCACAUUCACCUGAAAGGAGUCCCGCUGCUGGAGUGGGAAACUGAAGUGGAGAUGGACAGAUUGACAGCCAGUGAUAUUAUGGAGCCCAACCUGACGUACGUGUAUCCUCACACCCGUAUUCAGUCACUGGUGAGCAUCCUGAGGACAACGGUCUAUCACGCCUUCCCUGUCGUCACUGAGAAUCGAGACAAUGAGAAGGACUUCAUGAAGGGAAACAUACUCAUAAGCAACAAUAUCAAAUUCAAGAAAAGCAGUGUGUUGACCCGGGCGGGCGAGCAGAGGAGGAGGUGUCAGUCGAUGAAUUCAUACCCAUCUAGUGAACUCCGUAACGUUUGUGAUGAGCGGGUGAGCGAGGAACCGGCCGAGGAGGGACAGGACAUCCUUCAGCAGAUGCUGGAGAGAAGAUAUGUGCCCUACCCGAAUCUGUACCCUGACCAGUCUCCCAGUGAAGAGUGGACCAUGGAGGAGAGGUUCCGCCCACUGACCUUUCACGGGCUUAUCCUGCGCUCACAGCUGGUUAAUUUACUGAUCCGUGGUGUCUGCUAUGCCGAGAACCAGUCGAGUGCCUCUCAACCACGGCUCUCUUAUUCAGAGAUGACAGAAGACUACCCACGAUUCCCUGACAUUCACGAUCUUGACCUGGCCCUUCUCAAUCCACGCAUGAUUGUGGAUGUGACUCCGUACAUGAACCCCAGUCCAUAUACAGUAUCUCCGAACACGCGCGUCUCUCAGGUGUUUAAUCUCUUCAGGACCAUGGGUCUCAGACAUUUACCUGUCGUCAAUGCAGUAGGAGAGAUUGUCGGGAUAAUCACCAGACAUAAUCUCACUCAUGAGUUUUUAGUGGCUAAACUCCGACAGCACUACAUCACAAUCUGAUCUGAUGUCGUGAUGUCACAGAUCUCACACACACGUAAGCCAUUCACAGUUUGGAUAUGGAUGAGUGAGGUUCAGUACCUCAUUAAUGAACUGCAUCCUCAUACUGACAUCAACCUCACUGCAGCACUUUUGACUUAUAAAAUGUUUUAUUUUACUGUGUCUGUGUAUUUUUGCACAAAGCGUGAUAUGAACCACUACAGAAGAGGACAUGCCUGGAAAUUAGACAUUAAAGAAAUUUUAGUGGACCCUUUUUUCAGAAAUCAUCUAUGAAAUUGUCAUAUUACAGGAUGUCUGUAAUGACCUGUGGAUUUUUUUUAAAGACGCAUUGUCCUAAUCGUAGUGUUAUGGGUUUCAUUUCCUCACAGGCGAGUCAUCAUGUCAAAAUCCUUAAAGGAGUAGUCUACUUUAAAGAUGGGGCCCAUUGACUUAUCAUAGUAUUUUUUUCCUACUAUGAAAAGUCAAUGGAACCGAUCUUUAAAGUGGACUACUCCUUUAAGAGUGAAAAAUUAAAAUCAUAAUAUUUGCCUAAUUAUUCUUUAUUCAACAUUUUCAUGAUAAUUAAUUACAUUUUCUUCCCAAAUGUUCUCCUUGCGUAAUAAAUAUUUGAUAUUUUAUUAUUCUUCACAUUGAUUGCAGUAAUGGAAAUGAAAUGUUUUUGCAUUACGAUAAAGAGAAUUUGGGAUUGAUAUCUGUUCAACUGUUAAAAUCUCACAAUGCAAAGAAAUCUUAAUAGUACUAAAAUUGACUUUUUUUCUUUAAGCAAAAACUAGUUUUCAUUUUCUUUUGAUUAUAGAGUGAAAUAUAAUGUUUAUUUAUAGUGGCAUUAACGUUGACAUGAGGAUUAUUUACAUUCCCUGAAUAUUUCCUGAAGUUUGUGUGUAGUAAUACACAUUUCCAGAAUCGGACUAAUGGGAUUUUGAGUACAGGGAUUUGUUAUAUGCAGGCUUGUUUUUGUAAUGUAACAUUCAGUCAUAGUUUUGAUAUCAUAAUGGUUUUAUUUGGCCUUUGUGGUUUCAGAGUAAAACAGUAUUAGCAGAAAUGAUGGCACAUUUGUAGACUAAGAGUUCAUUAUAUUUCUUUUGUUCAUUUUUUUAUUAUUUGAUUAUUUAAGCAAUUUCACUGUGAUUUCUCAUGUACAGUAUAUGUUGAAAACGUUUUUAAUUUAAAAUACUUUGUUGCCUCUGUAUAUUGCAGUUCUUUUAUUGUGAUGAAAAAAACUGUUUUUUUAUAUGUAUGUUCUCUAACAUACACUUUAUUUUUUUUUAAGCUUUUGUCGAUGUACUGGUUUAAAAGCCUCAUGUAAGCAAACUUUGUUCAAAUCAUAUACAAUAUCAAACCUGUAUGUAAUCUGUUAUUUUGAAGGUUAUCCUUUAAAUGCAGUUGAAUUAAAACACUUGAAGGAUUUCAUUGAA